GCGGUGUGUUCUUGAUCACUUCAACUUUCAACCUCAAGCUCACUCCCCCCUUUGCCUCAUAAUCCGCGCUCACCAUCUCAUCAAUCACCUCCUGAAUUACUCGCGCGUACCAAUUAUCUACUUUUAAUCCUAAGAUGCCUCACAGCACGGAGAGCCUCAAGCUCACCAGCAACAACCUGUCCUCAAUCUCCUCUCAGGAAGGCAAGCAGACUGUAAAGGUCCCCACCUACGACCGCACCGUCGUCAAGGAGGGCAUCGUCCACGUCGGAGUCGGCGGCUUCCACAGAGCUCAUCUCGCUGUCUACAUCGACCGCCUUCUCCAGAAGCACGAUGAGCGCGACUGGGCCAUUUGCGGCGUCGGCCUCCGGCCCAACGACGCCGCCAUGCGCGACGUCCUGAGCGCCCAGGACCACCUCUACACACUCAUCGAGCGCUCCGCAAAGGGCAGCAACGCCAGCGUCAUUGGCAGCAUCAACUCGUUCCUCUUCGCGCCCGACGACCGCGAGGCCGUCAUCGCCAAGAUGGCUCACCCGGACACCAAGAUCGUGUCCCUGACCAUCACCGAGAGCGGCUACUACUACAACGAGAACACGCACCAGCUGCAAUCGGAGCACCCCGACAUCCAGCACGACCUGGCCAACGAGGACCAGCCCAUCAGCAUCUUUGGCUUCCUCUACGCCGCGCUCGCCAGGCGCCACGCCAACGGCCAGAAGCCCUUCACCGUCCUCUCCUGCGACAACAUGCAGAAGAACGGCUCCAUCACGCGCUCCAUGCUCGAGUCCUUCGCCCGCCUCAAGAACCCAGAGAUCGCCGCGUGGAUCGCCGAAAAGGGCGGCUUCCCCAACGCCAUGGUCGACCGCAUCACCCCCAGCACCUCCCAGAACGACAUCAAGUCGCUCGCAGAGGUCUUUGGCAUCGAGGACGGCUGGCCCGUCGUCACCGAGCCCUUUAUGCAGUGGGUCGUCGAGGACAAGUUCUGCGACGGCCGCCCGCCCUUCGAGAAGGUCGGCGUCCAGAUCGUCGAGGGCGUGCACGAGGUCGAGCAGUUCGAGAAGCACAAGCUCCGUCUCCUCAACGCCUCGCACUCCGCCAUGGCCUACCCCGGCCAGCUCGCCGGCUUCAAGUACGUCCACGAGGUCAUGGAGCACCCCAUCUACCGCAAGUUCGUCUGGCAGAUGAUGCAGGAGGAGGUCAAGCCCCUGCUUCCCGAGAUCCCCGGUGUCGACAUUGACGAGUACUGCAACACCCUCAUGGAGCGCUUCUCCAACCCCACCAUCAUGGACCAGAUCCCCCGCGUCGCCCUUGGCGCGUCCGGCAAGAUCCCGCAGUUCAUCAUGCCCUCCAUCGCCGAGCAAAUCUGGACCACGGGCCCCUUCCGCCGCCUGUGCUUCGUCGCCGGCGCCUGGUUCCGCUACAUCAACGGCGUCGACGACGAGGGCAAGACCUUCACCGUCGACGACCCGAUGCGCGAGGAGCUCCAGGCCCUGGCAAAGGCCGGCGGCAACGACCCCCGCCAGCUGCUCAGCGUCAAGAUCCUGUUCGGUGACGAUUUGCGCGGCGACCAGCGCUUCAUUGAUGAGGUCACCAAGGCCAUGGAGCUCAUCGCCAAGGACGGCGUCAUGGCUACCAUUCCCAAGUACGUUGAUUAAAAUAAAUCAAUACUGGGAAGUGUAAAACUGUUUGUCGACUUGUGCUGGUACAAGCAGCCUUUUAUGUUAUAAUGAGUAAAGCAGGGAUAAAAAUGGGUACUUGAAGCGGUCAUGAGGAUUUAUAGAUAUAGAUAUAGAUAUUUAUAGAGACAUUUUGUGUUUUGAUUUUGUACAAAACGAGGCCAUUCUGUGUGUUCGAUGCCAGGACCAAAAUAAUUUGGCUGUGACACAGACACCAAAGACGGAAGUGUAGUAUGCAAACGAGAAGGAGAUGGAUCCAAUACUUUUCAAAUACCGGC